AUGCAAAAGCCUCCUUUUGCUUUUGAAGAAUUCUUACGGUCUCAAGAUUUGAAGGAAUGGCCAAGUUGUAUCUCUCUCGAUGAGCCUUAUUCUUUGGUGGAUAAGUUACAAAAAGAUUAUUCCUUCAAUGCUAUGUGUAAAUAUCUGUGUGAACAUGUUCCAUUGAACGUCAGUCUACUCUCAGAUCUGGAGGAGAGAAUAAACACAUGUAUCACUGAACUAGAGAAACAUGCUGAAAAAAUAUUACAAUGUGGACCAGCAUAUCUAGAGGAACAUCUUACUGCCUUUGAACAGAACAUUGCUACUGAGCGAAUUGGUGCAGAGGAAGUUCUGACUCAGACAAGUGAGAUGGGGAAAGCAAAGGUUGCCAAAUACAGUGUUGAGGAGUCAAAGGGUAGAAAUGUAGAAAGCUGUAACUACCCUGGUUUCAAGUUAAAACAACUUUCAGAAUUACCAAGACAUUUGGAAGCUCCAAAACUUUGGGACUUGGUUAUAAAAGCUCAGCAUUUCCAACCUAACCAAGAAGAUCAAGACCACUUGUUUGACAGAAUUGCAGAUUUUGUGGCACAUUUUCUUCUUGUUCCCAGGGAUGCUAAAGAUGCUUUUUUUCAGGUAUAUCCUGAUUGUUUGUCACAAGUCGUUUAUGUUGCUUUCUAUGAAGCAUUUGCUGAAUCUAUUAAAAGUUUUGAUGAUGAUUUUAACAAUGGCUUGGUAGACUUAAUUUUUCAGUGGAUAGCAGGUCUAAAACCAAGGAAAUGUGUAUGGAAGAAAUGGAAUCUCAAAAGCUUUAAGGCUGCCACAGUAAAUCAUACCAGUAAAGAUACUACUGCUAACCUACAAGCUAGUGUAUCUGCCAGUUCUACAGCAGCCAUGUAUAAUUGGCUAGAUAAAAUAGGGAUAUUCAUUGCCAGUCUUCAAGAAGAAUGA